AUGGGUUCAAUAGAGCAAUUUCCCAAGCAAUUCCUAAGCCAAGUGAACAGCGACUGCUCCAAUGUCUAUGGCUCAGAAUUUGCUGCCCGACAGCGUCCAAUCCAGAAGCUUCCAGAUCGAGAGAUGCCUCGGAAUGUGGCCUAUCAGCUCAUCAAGGACGAUUUGGUUCUCGAUGGCCAACCGAUGUUAAAUCUUGCCAGUUUCGUCACUACCUACAUGGAAGAUGAAGCCCUGAAACUCCUCGCCGAGUCAUCGAACAAGAACAUCAUCGACCACGAGGAAUAUCCGAAAUCCGUCGAAAUCGAAACUCGAUGCCUCAACAUUCUGUCUGAUCUAUUCCACUCGCCAGUCUCAAAUGAUAUCCCCACAGCAAUCGGCACAUCAUGCAUCGGUUCAUCCGAAGCCAUCAUGCUAGCAGUUCUCGCGAUGAAGAAGCGCUGGCAAGACAAUCGCAAGGCGGAGGGCAAAGACUCCUCAAGUCCAAACAUCAUCAUGAGCAGCGGCGUACAAGUCUGCUGGGAAAAAGCAGCCCGAUACUUCGACAUUGAAGAAAAGCUGGUGCCAUGUAGCGAAACACGAUACGUGAUUGAUCCCAUCCAAGCCGUUGAUCUCGUUGAUGAAAACACAAUCGGCAUUUGCGCUAUUCUCGGAACAACCUACACAGGACAAUACGAAGAUGUGAAAGCCAUCAAUGACCUGCUCGUCUUCAAAGGACUCGACACACCCAUCCACGUCGACGCCGCUAGCGGUGGUUUCGUAGCACCAUUCAUCAAGCCGAAUCUAGAAUGGGACUUCCAACUCUCCAACGUGGUCUCAAUCAACGUUUCGGGACACAAAUACGGCCUGGUCUACCCAGGCAUCGGCUGGGCCCUCUGGCGCUCCCCCUCCUACCUCCCAAAGGACCUAAUCUUCAACAUCAACUACCUAGGAGCCGACCAACUCAACUUCAGCCUGAACUUUUCCAAACCCGCCUCGCACAUCAUAGCCCAAUAUUACCAGCUGAUCCGUCUCGGAAGAAGCGGCUAUACAAGCAUAAUGCAAAACCUCACUAGUACAGCCGACUACCUCUCAUGUCAACUGCGAGAAAUGGGUUUCAUUCUCAUGAGUGAUUCCAACGGCGCAGGCCUACCCGUCGUUGCAUUUCGCUUAGGUCCUACGCAGAACGCAUUCUUCGAUGAGUGGGCUCUUGCGCGCAAACUGCGCGAGAAAGGGUGGAUUGUGCCCGCGUACACUAUGGCUGCUGAUUGUCAGACGAUGGGGAUGAUGAGGGUUGUUGUUCGUACGGACUUCAGUAUGGCGCGGUGUGAGAGUCUUGUACGGGAUGUGCAGGCGGCGCUGGGGGCUUUGGCGCAGAUUGAGCUUUUGAAUAUUCAGCGGUAUCAUGCGUAA